UUUAUGACGUUUUUCUCGGAGGUUAUAUUGUAAAUAUGGCGCUCGCCAUUACUUGAGACGCAAGACGUAACAUUGACGACGCAAUAUUGGGACCCGCCGUGUUCCACAAACGUCGUGGAUUAUCGUCCGCUUUCAGAAGGGGUCCAAAAUGCCGUCAGGUCACUGCCGACGUCGUAUAUCAAUCACGACGCAAUUCUGUUCAGUUUGAGAUAAAGCGCGACGCAACACGACGUGAUGAAAUCUGUAUAUAAGUUGUUUUUGUUGUGCCUUAUUCUCGCCGUGCUCAUAAUACUGCUCAACGUGACCACCAAUUUCUCCAACAAGCUAUACGAUCAGCCACCCGCGAGCAGGGAGCGCCUGGCGCUCUCGAAGAAAUCCCCAGGAAGCCCGUCGACGAGCGAGGUGACGAUAUGCGUAGUCGUGUGCGGGGACAGGCUACACGAGGCCCUAACCAUGCUGAAAUCGGCACUGGUCUUCGCCAGCAGGCCGCUGCAAUUCAUAAUACUGGCAGAGCAGAAUCUGAUACCAGCCUUCAGCGAGAAGCUGUCGGAGUGGCGACUCAUAUCCAAUAAAACCUUUGACUUCCUGGUGCGACCCAUCACCUUCCCCGAUGGUAGCGAUGUGGUCAUGUGGAAGAAGUUGUUUAAGCCCUGUGCAGCUCAACGACUGUUUCUACCAACCGUGCUGAAUGAUACGGAUGCGGUGCUCUACGUAGAUACAGAUACCCUGUUCUUAGCGCCACCAGAGAAGGUCUGGGACAAUUUCAAGAAAAUGAACUCCAGUCAGUUGGCAGCUCUCAGUCCUGAGCACGAGGAUCCCAACACUGGAUGGUACAAUCGAUUCGCCAAACAUCCGUAUUAUGGCAAGCUAGGCGUCAAUUCAGGAGUGAUGCUGAUGAAUCUGACGAGAAUGAGGGAGUUCCGAUGGACAGAUUACGUAAUUCCUAUCCACAAGGAGUAUAGACUGAAGAUAACCUGGGGUGAUCAGGACAUUAUCAACAUAAUAUUUCAUUACCAUCCAGAAAAACUAUACGUAUACUCAUGCCGGUACAACUACAGGCCCGACCAUUGCAUGUACAUGUCAGUAUGCGCAGAAGCGGAGAGAGAAGGUGCUCUGGUGUUGCACGGUUCCCGCGGUACGUUCCACUCGCAAAAACAACCACCUUUCAAGGCCGUGUACCGGGCCAUGCAGGAAUAUCAAUUAAACAUGGAUCCGUACGAUGAGCUGCUUGUGCCGAUGAGGAAUUAUCUGAUGAUGGAAGACAAAUCGAAUUGUGGCCGCGUCUCAAAGGUGUUCAUCAUUCAACCAGAGCUACACCUAGCUGCCCACAAUAUUCGAGUGGUGCUGGGCGACCGACGCUUAUCUUUGGAGUACUUGGCUUUUAGGCAGGAUAUCUCUUGCGAUGUUAAUGUAUGGGAUACAUUUAACGAGAACUAUCACCUGUUUUGGGAUUCAAAGCUCCUAAGAUUAUUAAUAAUGAUAGAAAGGCUGAAACUUGAAAGAAGAAUCAAUAAUGUCGAUUAUACUUCCGAGGAACAGGCUUUCAAAAUGCAUUUUGAAAGUCUGCUCCUCGAAUUGCGAAUUGAAGAUUCAGCCAAUCAGAACAAAAUGGAUUAA